AUUAGUUUUGAUCACGUGAUUUGUCAGUGAUUUUUAAGAACAAAUUGACAACAAAUCUCCAAAUUAUUUUAAUUUAGUUAAAAUUGUGUUUUUAAUACUGUAAAUUUAUUUAAAAAUGACAACUCAACGUGCAUAUCCACAAAGUAAAGAAGCUUUGUUAAAGUCUUACAUGACAAGGCUUAAAGAUGAUGUGAAAUCCAUACUAGUCAAUUACGAAGAAAUUGUAAAGCUUGCCAAAACAGAUAAUGAAACUCAAUUGUCUCGAAUGACACAAUGCGAACAAGAUACAUUUGAAAUGCAUGUGAGAGCAGCAAAUAUUGUCCGCGCUGGUGAAUCAUUAAUGAAAUUAGUGUCGGACAUAAAACAAUAUUUGAUUCUUAACGAUUUUCCAUCAGUUAAUGAAGCAAUAACACAAAACAGUAAACUCUUUAGAACGAAACAACAAGAAUGUGAUCAAAAAUUGGCAUCUUUGAGAGAUGACAUGGCUGCUGACUUAUAUGAUUUAGAAGAAGAAUAUUAUACUUCUAUAUAUAAAUAAAUAUCUAGAAAUGUAAGAAAACAAUGAAAUUUCUUCGUAACAUACAAAUUAAUUUUCUUACUCAAUUGUACAGUUUCUACUAUUAUAAGUAUAUAGAAUAAGGUUUUGUUAUAUAUAAUCAUUUUUCUAGGGAAUCAGUAUUUAUCUUAAAUAUAUUUCUACAAGAAAAUGUUAUUUCUUUCUGUUUCAGAAAAAUUCCUAUUUUUCUUUUGUCUAAUAUUAUUUUAUAUUAUUAUCCUUUGAUAAAUACAAGACAAUACCUAUGUAAGGAAAAAUAUAAAAAAAAUUUCCUUUAUUAAAAUUUUCCGGCAGUACUCAAGAACAGUUUGGUAAUUAUAAUCUAAAUGGUAAAUUAUCAAGAUCGGCUUACACGAUUAAAAUUAUAAAUAAAGCUAAAGAUUUAAUUCCACCACCUUCAGAAAAUGAAAUUAUUAUGCAAAUUUCUAGACAUUUUAAAGAAGAUAUACAAACAGCUUUUAUUGUUAGAGGUAUUAAAGAUGUAAAUAAUUUAUUAGAUUUAUUAAAAAAAAUUUGAUCAGACUGGUCCAGUUCAUUCACAAAGAAUUUUUUUAAAUCGUAACACUGAAAAUUUUCAAAAAAAAUAAUUCAAGAAAUUACUUUAAUAAUAACCAACGAGGCUAUUAAAAUAAACAAAACAAUUAUCAAAGAAAUCAAAAUAAAAAUAGAAAUAAUAAUAUGAAUCCUAACGGAAAUGCAAAUCGAAAUUAUUAUCAAGAAAAAAAUAAUCAAAAUAAAUAUCAAGAAAAUACUAAACAAGAAAAUAAAAGGGUUAAUAAACAAGAAAAUUUUCAUUCUGUGAUAAUCAUUUCGAAGACAAUAAAUUUUCAAAUAAUAAUUUUUGUCUAAAUAAUUAUCGAAACUAUAAUAAAACGCGUUAAAAUUAAAAUGUGGAAGAGAUGGAAAGUUCAAGAUAUCUACCACGCAAUAAUCGAUACAGUAAAUAAUUCUAAUCAAGAAAAUUAUAAACAACGUAAAAUCAAUACAACAAAAAAAAGUAAAUUGGUUGAACAAAAAAAGAUUGGUCAUUACCUUCAUCUAAUUUGGAAAACUUGUAAACCUUAGGUUUGUUUACACAAAGUCUGUAGAUACAAAUCCGAGGUCAAUGACUCUAUUAAAUAGAAAAGAAUUUGUCAAAUCUUUACCAUCUAAUUUACUCGAAGAAUUAGAAGAACAAAAAGUAAAUAUUCAUGAUCAUUUAGAAAAAUUUACUACAAUUCAAUUCAUAUUAGAAAAUAUUAGCGUUAAAGCAUUAAUAGAUAACGAUAGUCAAGUAACUUGUAUUUCAGAAAAUUUUUAUGAAGAAAAUAUCAAUUGCGAAAUAAAUUUAAAAAUAUAAUAGUGAAACAAAAUCAUAAUUCUAUUUCAAGACAUAGAAUUUCCGAUGCUAAACAAGGUAAAACUAAGCGUUAUAUAAUCGAUAAAAAUGUACUUUAUUUUGUCGUAGAAAAUAACAAAAAAUUAUUCUUAACAAAAAGUAUAAUUAACGAUUUAAUUGAUAAAAUUUAUGGACACGUCGGUCCACAGCAAGUUUUUCGUAUGUUAAAUGAAUAUUUUUAUUAUCCAUAUUUUGCAAAAAUAAUAAGGCAUAGAAUAUAAAAUUGUGACUUAUGUCAGAGAAAUAAAGUUACUAAUCAAACAAAUUUUUCUAAAAUAAGAAAAUGAGCACCCAAAAAACCAGCUGAAAUUUUUACAAAUUGAUUGAUUUUUAUGGCCCAUUACUAACUUUUAAGAGAGGAUUCAAAAAUGUACUAUCUACUAUAGAAUAGUAAAUAUGUAAAAUAAUAUCCUAUUAGAAAAAUAACCACAAAGCGCUUUUAAAUAAAAUUUUUAAUCAUUAUAUUAAAGAAUUCGGAAAACUUGAAAAAAUUAAAUUAAACUAAAAUAAGUGGGGAUACAACCGGUAUUUUCAUCAAUUAGACACCCACAGGGAAAUAUUGUUGAUAUAAUACAUCGGGAGUUUUUAUGAUUUUUUAGAACUCUAACCAACGAAAAACAUAGUUCUUGAUAGGAAUUGGAUAAAAGUAAUUGAAACUAGUUUAAAUAAAACACACCAUGAAACAACCGAGUUUACGCCAGUAGAAUUACACCUCAAUGGGAAACCUAAAAGAGCAUGGUAAAAUUGGUUUAAUUUUCUACCAAUUCCGAAAAGUACGGACUAUGAUAGAAAAAUAGAG